UAGUUGCCUCCGAUAGUAUCAAUCAGCUAACAAAGCAUCAAAUCAAGCAUGUCUGGAAGAGGUAAAGGAGGAAAGGGUCUGGGUAAGGGUGGAGCAAAGCGUCACCGCAAAGUUCUUAGAGAUAACAUUCAAGGAAUUACGAAACCUGCUAUUCGUCGUCUUGCUAGGCGUGGUGGUGUGAAGCGUAUUAGUGGUUUGAUCUAUGAAGAAACUCGUGGUGUUCUCAAGAUAUUUCUCGAGAACGUUAUUCGUGAUGCUGUGACUUACACUGAACACGCUCGCCGUAAGACAGUUACUGCUAUGGAUGUUGUUUAUGCGCUCAAGAGGCAAGGAAGGACCCUUUACGGUUUCGGGGGUUAGGGAAUUUUUAAUGUAAUACUUAGAAUUAGUAAUUGGUCAUCCGUAAUGGCUUGUUGAAUUAAUCUCGGUUUGUUGAGUCUUAAUAGUAAAGUAUCAGUUCUUAAUUUGGGCUUUGUUUAUAUAUUUGUUGUUCAACUAUUGUCACAGCUCAUCUAAGUUGAUUCCAAAAUUGAGUAUUUCUUUA